AUGAAGUUCCUCAAUCGCCACUCGCACAUCAAGAAAUUGUGUCUGGACCGAGGCACAGACACCUUCAUUGACGAUCACCUCCUACCCUGCUUGUCCAACGGUAACUGGGCCAAUUUGAACUCACUAUCGUUGACAUGGGAGGGGCCAGGCAUGGAGAAAUCAACUCGGCCACACAUUGCCCGGGUGUCCGAAUCUGCACUAGCCGCAAUUGGGUCCUUGGAUAGCCUCGAGCAGCUCAGUUUGACCGCAGGGGUUACUUGUGGCUGGCGUCGCCAAUGGCUGAUUGACCACGAUGCUGUUCGAGAGUCUCUCAAAGGCCUCACGCGAUUGAAAAGACUCGCCAUAUCCCGAGAUACGUACCCGGUUCCAUUCGACCUGGAAGAGCCGGAGUACUACUACGCGUUCAAAGCCGCCGAUCCGGAGGACCGCAAGCUUGCCAAGAAGCGAAACUGGAUAAAUGAGCUCGAGCCGAUUGGGGAUUCUGGCGGCGAAACCGUGCAUGAGGCGGAUAAAAUUUGGGAGUACGCACACCGCUACAGAAUGUUCAAGCAAGCCGAGAAGUACGCCGAGAUGAUUCCGACGCUGGAAUGGGUCUACUGCGGCGAAUGGCCGAUGAAUCGUGCUGGUCGUAUCUACGUCGCACGUUUGGCAUGGGCCAUGAAGAAGAUUGAAUGUGCACAUACUCUCGUCGAGAUGGCUGACAACGCGUAUAUCUGCUCCCUUAAGGCCGACCACGUCGACGAGACUCAAGGUCAAGGGUUGCUCCCCCAAGGUCACAGUAUACUCGACCAAUGUUUGGAUUUCGCAAUCGAGCUCUCCAAAGGCCGUUUCUUCCAACUCUCAUCUCAAUUCCCAUCCAAUGAAUUUUCUCUCAACACCACCGCCUUUGCCGAUCUCACACACCUCCUCCGAGACGACCCCCGAGUCUCGAUUGACGAGAUCCGCCUCGAGUAUGACCCAAGCUCUGCCUGCGCCCGUUUCAAAAUGCCUGCUUCCCGAAUCCACAACUACAUCGCCAACCAACUCUGCCAGGUCGUCGUCACUGCCAGCGCCAGCGUACUACCUAACCUCCAGUGGGCACGAGAGGAGAAUUUGGUCAUGGACGACGACCAACGGGCUGUCAUCGUGGACGCGGCUUACCAGGCAGCCAUCGAGGAUAGGUGCACCGAAUGCCUCCAACGUACGAACGGGUUCAUCCGCGCCGCCAUCGCCAUCAAGAUCCCGUACGAGUCGUCCUACGCCACUGAUGCCUCCCCCCUUCGCGACCGCCUUCACGAGUGUCUCGUCAGUCUCUGGGUCUGGCGUGAGGGCCAAGUUCAAUGCGACAUUCACUGGAAGAGCAUCAACACGAGACGCGCCUACCUGACGCUGAAGAAGUCUUACUUCACCGACGACGUCCCCGCGCCUCCGUUUCCCACUCAGCACAGCACCCGCAAUCGCAACCGCCUAUCCACGCCUUCCGAGCCUACUGAGCCCGCCGAGCCCGCUGUCUGUAUCCCUUUCACCCGGUUGAAGGAAAUCAUCGAGCAGGCCAUAGAGUAUCAGAUCAGCGUCCAGUAG